UAUCUAGUUAAGUACAAGUGUCGAGAGAGAGAGAGAGAGAGAGAGAGAGGAGUGGCUCUGGUUUUAGCAUUGGUGGGUGUGAUGAGGUUAUUAUUAUCCACUAGUGCCAAAUUCAACUUGUAAGGGAAAAGAAGCUACUCACCCCCAAUAAUCCUUUAGGGUCCGGCAACUGCAAGGCCAAUCUCACAAAAACUCUCUCUUUUUCAUUAAGAAGAUCGUCAAAUAUCAUCAUAUACUGUGUUUUUUUUUUUUUUUUUUGGCUAAUUAAGACAGAUGGCCGAGCUCUCUCUGUGUUGCAAUAGCUUGACUCCCCGAGCACUACCACCACCAGUUCAGCAUCCUCGGUCGAGUCCAAGGAUACCUACAGGUGGCUUAGAGCAAAGACGUGGAACAAGAGCAGCGUUUGCAGCUAAACCUAGUGGAUUUUCGCUUAAUUCGAUCUCGAAAAGUUGCCAAACAUGUAGAGGAAAAGGUGCUAUAGAAUGUCCCGGCUGCAAGGGAACAGGAAAAAAUAAGAAGAAUGGAAAUAUUUUUGAGCGCUGGAAAUGUUUUGACUGCCAAGGAUUCGGGCUAAAGAGUUGCCCUAGCUGUGGGCAGGGUGGGCUAACGCCAGAGCAAAGAGGAGAGAGAUAACGGUGCUUAAGAACUUCCAAGUUGUUUAAAGGAUGAACGUUGAUGCAUGUUACUGAAAAAUUAUAGCACAUUGAAUUUAUACAUUGUGCCUAUUUAUGGAAAUUCUGAAUAUUUGAUGAGAAUUGAUAGAAA